AUGACCGAGUACAGAGUGACAAUUAAAACCGGGAGCGGUGGAUAUCUCAGCUUCGCGGGCACAGACGACAGGAUCUUCUGUCGCCUUACUGAUAUCCACGGCAACGUUACCCCGAAAAUCUGGCUCAAGGAUGACGACAAAUCCUCCUUCGAAAAGAAUGCCGUCGAUAAUUUCCGAUUCGUGUAUGACAAGGCCGACUUUGGCGAUCUUUUGAAGUGCCAAGUUUGGAAAGAAGGAUCUGAUGACUGGAGUCUGGCGACGAUGGUUUUCACCAGAAAAAGUAAUCCCGAAGCAUCGUUCAGCUUCACGUUCAACGAAACUAUCAAAAAGAAAAUGGUCGAGCGAUUCGUCGAUGGAGCCACUACCAACACAGUGAUCACCUACAAAGUCGAAGUGAAAACUCUUAAUGCUCCUGGAGCCGGCACUGAUGGAGAUGUCACUCUCAACAUCAUUGGCUCACUCGGUCAGACUCUUCCACGAAAGCUCGAUAAUUUAAGAAACAACUUCGAAGCUGGAAAAACAGACAAAUUCGAAAUCAAAGCUUUGGACAUCGGAAAGAUCGAGAAGAUUGUGUUGUCUGUGUCAGACAAAGGUCUUUACCCAGACUGGACUUGCGAGAGUGUGACCAUCCGAUUCGGCAGCCCCGAAGAAACUUACACCUUCACCGUGAACGCUGUUAUCAAAGCAGGAAAGAACUACGAAGUGACAAAUCCUUCCUACGAAAAAGCAGCUGAACCUAUUCCCGAGAAGCCAAAGAAACCUCUCCCAGUCUUGCAUUUCUUCCGAGGAACAGUUGAAACCGCCAAUAAGAGCAUGGCGGGAACAGAUGCCAAUGUCACCAUUUCUCUCGGAGACAAAAAUGGAAAACUGAUUGGUCCCAUUAAAUUGAAGGAAAGUGGGUCAGCUCUGGAAAAAGGAGCAAAAGACCCAAUUGAGAUCAGCCUUAUCGAACCGUUUUCCGAGCUUACGACUCUCCAUGUCCAACAUGAUGGCAAAGGGGUCGCCAGUGAUUGGAAUCUUGCACAGGUCACAUUGACCGAAUUUAGUGUUCAAGACAAGACAAAAGCUAUUGGUGAGCCAAAAGUGUUCAUCUUCAACGAAUGGAUAAAGGCGAAGAAGACAUACACUAGAACCGCUGCUUCCGCUACGACUCCUCCAGUUGAGCCAGAACCAGAAAAGCCCGUCGAACCAGAACCAUGCGCUCCCGAAUAUAAAACAUUCUUGGUUGGAAAAGUGACAACUGCCGAUAAAUAUUUCAGUGGAACAGAUGCGGAUGUGCAGAUGUACGUGACAGACUCUAACGGCGUCGUCGUUGGCCCUGUUGAUUUGAAAGAUUCGCAAAAGUCAAAGACCAUGGAGCGCGGUUCCGUUGACAUCGUGAUGAUUCAAUCGACCGUUGCAAUUGCUGAUCUUUACAAAAUUCAAGUCAGGCACAAUGGUUCCGGACCAUUCUCCAACUGGACACUCGAAAAAAUUGAGCUUAAAAAAGUCGAGAGGCUGCCAACAAAGGAAGAAAUCCUGGAGAGCAAGUAUCUCUCACAGGGAAUGAAGACAUUCAAUUUCAACCGAUCGCUCUCAGCUCAGCGAUGGUACGACUCAGGAAACGAAGCUGACGUUGUUACAUACGAAGUUGAAGUUCAAACAUCAAAAGGCGUCUUCAGCGGUACUUUCGACAAAGUCCAGUUCGACAUCAUCGGACAGAAAGGAUCUACUCUUUACCAAACUUACGAUAAUAUUGGUUCCGAUCAGAACGCUGGUGGCAAAGACAAGUACACUAAAAAGUUUAUUGAUCUUGGCGCUCUCCAGAAGCUUAAAAUCAAAAAGAGUGGCCAUGAUACAUGGAAGUUGGAUUCCGUCAAAAUUACCAACACGCGAAACUCCCAUCAAUGGCUCUUCGACAACAAUGGCGAGGAAAUCAACAAAAAUGAGGUUGUUCUUCCUGCCGAGCAAAUUAGAUUCGGCAAGAAUAAAAUAGAGGGCGAAGUUUUCACUUCCGACUUUGCCAAUGCAGGCACCGAUGCCACUGUCACAAUCAAGAUCACGGACAAAUCUGGAAAGCCAUACGGGCCACUUGAUCUCGUCGACAAAGACAAGAAAGCCUUCGAAAGAAACACAGUAAACAAGAUUAACUUGCUGACUCUGGACAAGGUUUCAAACAUUCACAAAAUUUCGAUUUCCCACGAUGGGAAAGGAACAGGACCGGAUUGGCACCUCGGUCACAUCGUGCUCACUCUUCCAGGGCAGAAACCGUACAAAUUCGUCUUCGAUGAGUGGAUCAAAGCUAAUCAAUGGUAUGAUGCCGUCCCUGAAGGUGUCGCCGAUGGAAAGAGAACAUAUACUAUCAACGUCACCACGCGUAAAGGUGGCGUGACUUCAACCUACGGCACGGACAACGACGUCUUCAUCAACAUUGUCGGAAAGCUUGGCGACUCGAACAUGUUCCAGCUGAAGCAAAAGGGCAAGAAUCUAUUCGAAAAGGGAAAGACUGACACCUUCAAACGAACAAUGGCGGAUCUCGGUGACUUGCUCGGCGUCCAAGUCGAGAAGCGCGGCCUCAUCAAUGACCAGUGGCAUUUGGACUCAAUCGAAAUCAACGACGAACGACGAGUUUACAGAUCGCAGAACGGCCCCUACGAAGUUAAUAAAGAAAUGGUUAAAGUCAAGCUCCAGUAA